GAAUCCCUUCCCAAGAACUUCCUUCUUCCGUCCCAAUUCAUCGCCUAUCUUCCUCUCCUUUCUUUCCACCGCUCCCUCUGCAUUGUUCUCAAGCCAAUUGUGGUCUGACCUUCAUGAAUUGGAGAAGCAUCGGUCUGUUUUCUGUUUCCUCUAAAGCGGGAAACAAACACAUCACCCUUUUCUGGAUUUCGUCUUUCUUCUUCCCCAGGUCCUUUGGAAACGUUGUUGCAGUUGAGAAUUAUCUUCUAUUCAGGGUGUUGUAAGGUGUUCUUCCUUUGUAACCUUUGUUCUUGAGGAAGAACCGGGGGAGCGUUUCUCCAAAGUUUAAGUACACCAUGGUUUCCGCAGCAUUCUCACAACUUCUAGGGAAUAUAUCACUAAAACCACAAGAUGUCAUAGUGCCAGACGAUGCAGGGUUGGAGUUCUCUGAUGUGUUUGGUCCUUUGACACAUCAAGCACCAGAUUUAGAUGGAUUUCUUUAUGAGGAUCGCCCAAUAAUACACACUCGUUCUCAUUCUUUGGUUGGUCCAACAACAUGUACUAACCCUACACAGAGGCUUAGUAGACUCACAUUACGUGAGAAUGAGGACUCUUUAGAACUUGUAGCGGGGGUCAGUGAUGAAUCUGUCAUUGAUAAUGACUCUACUAUUAAGGAAGAUGAGGUUUUGACAAAUGCAGUUGUUGGUCUUGAAGACUUUGAGGUUUUGAAAGUUGUGGGCCAAGGUGCAUUUGGAAAAGUUUAUCAGGUGCAGAAGAUUGACACCUCUGAAAUCUUUGCAAUGAAAGUCAUGCGGAAGGACAAGGUUUUGGAGAAAAGUCAUACGGAGUAUAUGAUCAGUGAGAGGAAUAUACUCACCAAAAUUGAUCACCCCUUCAUUGUGCAGCUUAGAUACUCUUUUCAGACUAAGUAUAGACUCUACCUUGUUUUGGAUUUUGUCAAUGGGGGGCACCUUUUCUUUCAACUCUGCCGUCAAGGCUUGUUCAGAGAGGAUUUAGCACGCAUCUAUACUGCUGAGAUUGUUUCUGCUGUUUCGCACCUCCAUGAAAAAGGAAUAGUACACAGGGAUCUUAAACCUGAAAAUAUACUUCUGGAUGCAGAGGGUCAUGUUGUAAUAACUGACUUUGGUGUUGCAAAGCAAUUUGAUGAAAACUCGCGAUUCAACUCAAUGUGUGGAACACUGGAGUAUAUGGCACCUGAAAUUAUUCUUGGGAAGGGCCAUGAUAAGUCUGCAGACUGGUGGAGUGUGGGCAUUCUCUUGUAUGAAAUGCUCACUGGAAAGCCUCCGUAUUGUGGUAACCGACACGGUCUUCAGCAGAAGAUCAUAAAGGAUAAAGUUAAGCUCCCCAAAUAUUUGUCCAGUGACGCACACUCGCUGUUAAAAGGGUUACUACAGAAGGACGCCAAGAAGCGCUUGGGAAGUGGGCCGAAAGGCAGCGACGAGAUAAAAGCCCACAAGUGGUUGAAGCCCAUCAACUGGAAGAAACUAGAAGCUCGGGAAAUCCAGCCCAGCUUCUGUCCCGAAGUUGCCGGGAAACACUGCGUUGCCAACUUUGACGUGCAAUGGACGGGAAUGCCCCUGUCGGAUUCUCCAGCUGCCAGCCCAAAAGGAUGCGAGAACCCUUUCAGGGGGUUCACUUAUAUCAGGCCUACACCUUCAUCUCUCCAUGCCAAAUAAUGUUGUUUCAAAGACAACCUUUUCGUGACUCCAAACACUUUGGUUUGCAUAAAAUUGUUCUAGUUUUUCUGGUUCUAAUUUGAUUGGUUUUAAUUUGAUUGUAUUGUACUCAAAUUUCAUAAGAAUGAAUUGUGAACCUGAAU